CACUCACCCAUCGUGGAAGACUUGUGGAAUUCGGCGGCAGGAAGGCGGGAGAAACGCAGCCACCUGACGACAACACACGCAGCUCACUCGAACCUUCAACUUCAUGUCCCAGAAUGCACUGCCUCGCCUUUGAAAGGAAGGCCCCGCCCGCCUGCUGAUGACAUCACUCGGAGCGCAGGCCUGACACGUGCACUUUCCAUUCAAAGGCGCUCACGGCGAGAAUGUGCGGACGCAUCAGGAUGGCAGGAAAGCGCAGAGUCGGCACGGCCUCCCUUUUGUUGUUUUUGUCCGCCUCUCCCGUAUAAAUUGAGGUGUCCAACUUUUUCCCGGUUACUGUGCGUGCGCUCGUGCUUGGACAACAUCCAGUGGACAACAUGUCGCAGUAUUCCGGAAAGAUCACCUUCUUCGAGGGGAAGUGCUUCACCGGCAGGAAGCUGGAGGUCAGAGGUGACUGCGACAACUUCCAGGAUCGUGGCUUCAUGAACAGAGUCAACUCCAUCCGCGUGGAGAGCGGCGCCUGGAUCUGCUUCGACCAUCCCGACUUCAAGGGCCAGCAGUACAUCCUGGAACACGGCGAGUACCCCGAGUUCCAGAGGUGGAACUCCCACAACGACCACAUGGGCUCCUGCAAGCCCGUCCGCAUGCACGGAGAACAUUAUCGCAUCGAGAUCUUUGAGGGCAGCAACUUCUCCGGCCAGAGCGUGGACAUCUGUGACGACUGUCCCUUCCUGCAGAGCCGCGGCCUGUCCAAGAACUGCAUCAACUCCGUCAAGGUGUACGGAGACGGCGCCUGGGUGAUGUACGAGGAGCCCAACUUCCGGGGCCGCAUGUACGUGGUGGAGCGCGGCCAGUACAGCAGUCACAACGAGUGGCAGGCCCAGAACCCAAACAUCCAGUCCAUCCGCCGAGUGGUCAACUACUUCUAGACGCAGACAACAACCAUUAAACUUUUUCUUUUCAAAUCCAAA